UCUGCAGCCAUGUCUGGAAAACCAGUGUGCCUUGGUGAUUUCGAGGAGUAUGCCAAAACAUUCCUACCCAAAUCCGUGUAUGAUUAUUACCGAUCCGGAGCCGAUGACCAGGAAACACUUGCGGAUAAUGUGGCAGCGUUUUCCAGCUAAAAGCACUUCAGGAAUGUUGUGCCUCAGGACUGACCCUCACAGGUGAGCUUGGAGAUGGCAGUGGCUCCUACCAGGUAACAAGGGUAGUAACCAGGAGGCUGGGGAAGAGGGAGAUGCUCCACAUCCCCUAUGCUUCUCACUGUCUAAAUGAGCAAGAUUUUGAAAGGAUUUUUGUUUUAUUUAUUUUUUUUUCUGGGAAAAGAUGCCUCAGAGCUGAGUGGAAUCCUUCAGAAUGAGGGCUAGGAAGAAAGGAGGAGUUAAAAAAAGUCAAGUUUUCUUUGUUCCACCCUCAGCCCAUCCUCCCCUGAAAAAUAACAAACAUACAAUGGCAUGAAAACAAGUCUGAGGACACACUUGCCCUGUGUGUCUUGGCACUGAACACCUCGGCUGACUCCCCAUGGCCACACAGCUCCUUCCAAGCAUCAUAACUGUCUUUCUCCUCCCUGGGGAGCGUUUCCUGGAGAGCUGGCACGGCCCUGUGCUCCAGGACUUCAGGAAGGUGGCGGCUGUACCCGCGGGUGCUGCGGGACGUGUCGGUGCUGGACGUGUCCAGCUGCAUCCUGGGCCAGCGCGUCUCCAUGCCCGUGUGCGUGGCCGCCACGGCGAUGCAGCGCAUGGCUCACCCCGACGGCGAGACCGCCACUGCCAGAGCCUGCCGGGCCGUGGGGACGGGGAUGAUGCUGAGCUCCUGGGCCACGUCUUCCAUCGAGGAGGUGGCAGCGGCGGCGGCGGGGGGCCUGCUGUGGCUGCAGCUGUACGUGUACAAGGACCGGCAGGUGACCGCGUCGCUGGUGAGGCGGGCGGAGCGCGCCGGCUACAGAGGCAUCUUCGUGACGGUCGACACGCCCUACCUGGGCCGGCGCGUGGCCGACGUGCGCAACAGGUUCCAGCUGCCUCCGCACCUCAGAUUAAAAAACUUUUCCAGCAGCGACCUGGCGUUUCCCUCAGGGAAAGACUUCGGAGAGAACAGCGGGCUGGCUGUGUACGUGGCUGAGGCCAUCGAUCCCAGCAUCAACUGGGAGGACAUCAAGUGGCUUCGGGGGCUCACCUCGCUGCCCAUCGUGGUGAAAGGCAUCCUCAGGGCUGAUGAUGCUAAAGAAGCUCUAAAGAUUGGGGUAAAUGGUAUCCUGGUGUCAAAUCACGGAGCACGACAGCUCGAUGGGGUCCCUGCCACUAUUGACGUGCUGCCUGAGAUCGUGGAGGCCGUGCAGGGGAAGGUGGAGGUGUUCCUGGAUGGGGGGGUGAGGAAAGGCACAGAUGUCCUCAAAGCUCUGGCUCUGGGUGCCAGAGCCGUGUUCAUCGGGAGGCCUCUGCUCUGGGGACUGGCUUAUCAAGGUGAAGAAGGAGCCAAAGACGUUCUGCAGAUGCUGAAGGAGGAGUUUCGCCUGGCAAUGGCACUGACAGGAUGCCGGAGAGUAGAAGAAAUUGGCAGGACACUGAUCCGAAGGCAUCAAGCGUUUUCCAAGAUUUAGGUCUGAAGAUUUUGCCUUGUGUGUUGCCUGUUGUGCUUCCAGACAAAACCCACGUGUGUUUGCUCUGUGGGCCUCAUCCUGCCAUCCUGACUGAGAAGGCACAGCCCCUUAGGGCAUCACUUGCUGAAGAAAAUACUCAAAGCAAAUUUUACAGGUGUUUCCAAAUGUUUUAGGUUCUUAAGGAAAGCUGCUGUACUGGGAGGUGUGAUUAGAGAUGGGAUUUGAGACAAGACUGGCACAGGAACCUUCAAGGUGUUUUGCAACAAAUGCUGGUAUUAAUUUCCAUGCCUGGGAGUAACUCAGCUGUUAAAAUGAAACUGUAAACAGGAAUGUUUUGAUAGCAAACAGAAAUGCUGAGAUUUAAAAUGCAAAAGAUACUUCUUGCUCGCUGUUUAGAGAAACUAGACUGGAGAUUGCAGAGAUUAAAUCUUGCUUUCUUGUGAA